AUCGUUGGAGCGGGACUGUUUGCGUUUACCAUUUUUAUUCGUGCCGAGCCCGGGUUCGAUGAGUGGAUCGCCAUAUUGGAAGUGUACGAGUACUACAUAGGAGUGUAUAUACUGAUUGGUGCCGGUGCACGUAUGAUAUUUUCCUUCCUUGGCUGCUGCUCAGCACUGAUGGAGCACUCGUCCGCACUGUACCUGUUCAUCGGCACACAAGUAUUUCUGUUCGUUCUGACCGUGAUUGGUUCGGCUAUUCUGCUUGACUACUCGACCAUGAACUCCAGUAUCCAGCCUCUGAUUCGUCAAACGAUGCUUCGUUUCAUCGUCACUUCCGAACAUCCGCAUUCAUCUGCCGCACUAAAGCUGAUCCAAGAAAGCAUUGGUUGCUGUGGAGCAGACGGACCGAACGACUACAUGGUGAUGCGUCAACCCUUGCCACUGGAAUGUCGUGACACUGUUACCGGAAAUGCGUUCUUCAAUGGGUGCGUCAACGAGCUGACCUGGUUCCUGGAAGAUAAGUCCAUCUGGGCCGCCAUCAUGGCUAUGAUACUGGCUGCCGUACAUACCUGCAAUGCCGUGCUUGGAAUCGUGCUGGUGCAAGCGCUCAGACGCGAGGAGGAAGCAAUGAACCGACGCUAAAUGCAGGAUCCAGCAAGUGGAAGCGUACUUACGCGUGACAGCAGUGAAGGAAGCUUACUUACAUCCCAAAUCCAGAACCAGGAGCAUAGAGCUAUGACACGCUUGCAAGGGAAUGAGUUGUUUUAAUUAAUUCUACAGUAUUUAGAUAUCCCAGCUAUCUUGCCAUUUUUUACACUUACUUUACAUCGUCCAUAGGUACUAUAGAUUAAUCGAACAAUGUCAGCAAUGUCACCCAACCGAAUACGUUUGGUGUAUCUAUAAUAAAUAAAGGCUAGAUUUAGUGGA